UUACUUAGGAUUUAUAUAUAAAUUUAGGCCAAUUGGACAAAAUCGAACAGCUUAAUUGAGAUGAGCUUAUCUAGCUAGUAGCUAGGGAGUGAACAAAGCUCCAUAGAUUACACCGCCUUUAUAGCUAGUUGAGAGAGAGAGAGAGAGAGAGUAUAAGCUCUAGCUCUUCAAUGGUACAAAGGACUGUCCUCAAGGUUGAUACAUCAUGCCUAAAAUGCAAGAAGAAGCUUCUCAAGGCAGUUUCUGGCCUACAAGGUGUGGAUAAAGUUGAAGUUGAUGCAACCAAAGGAACUUUGACUGUAACAGGCAACUGUGAUCCCUAUGAAAUAAUUAUUCGAACUAGAAAAGCUGGCAAAUUUGCUGAAGUAGUGAGUAUAGGGCCGCCUCCUGCUCCACCUAAACCUGCAGAAAAGAAGCCCGAAGUGAAGAAACCUGAAGAAAAAAAACCAGACCAGAAGGUCGAACACUUUCACAUGCCCCAUAACUGUGAAGUAUGUCAAAGAUUGGCCAUUGUAAGGCUGGAGCCUAGUUAUGAUCACAACCCCUCCUGUUCUAUCAUGUGAUGAUAAAGUCAAAUAACCCAUGAUAUUGUCAAGGUCAAUGAUUUUGUAUGAUCGAUCAAUUUGUCAGUUUGGGUUAGAGUUUGUUAAGCUCAAUCAUUCGCGUGCUGAUUAGUUGGAGACUUUUAAUAGUU